AUGGGUGACAAAACCGAUCCUAACACCACCAAAAUCAUCCAUCCCGUUUACAUUGUUGCAAACAUUCAAAACAAAGUCAGAAUCCUGGAUGGAAAGAAGGUAACCUACUCCUCUUGGGUUAAGCUUUUCAAACUUCAUGCUUGUGGAUACAAGGUCCUCUCCCACAUUGAUGGAACCACACCCCCAGCCAAAACAGAUGAAGACUAUGAGUCUUGGUCUGAGAUUGACGCCAUUGUUCUUCAAUGGAUCUACGGGACACUCUCAGACGAUCUCCUCACCCGUGUUCUUGAACCAGAUUCAAUAGCUUACGAAGCUUGGACCAGAAUACAGAAUAUUUUUCUCAAUAACAAAGGUUCUAGGGCUGCUGAUCUUGAACAUGAAUUCAACAACUUGACUCUUCGUGCGAUGCCCUCUCUUGAAGAUUAUUGUUAA